AAGUUACCUUUAUUUAUUCAAAAUUUAUUUAUUUAAAAUUUAUUUAUUUGUUUCAAAUGCAACUCACUCGCUCUAUGAAAACCAAUCAAGUAAACAAGAAUGAAGUAUUGCGUGUUGUCUUGGAUGAACCUCGCAUCUAUGUUGAAGAAUCUCUUGGUUCAGUGAUGAUCCGAGGUGAAGUCAUUGUCAAUUUCCUCAAGGACACUCAUAUUCAAGGUCCCAUUGAAUUGCUAUUUGAAGGCAUUCAACGAUAUCACCCUUGGGCAGAAAUCAUGCGAGGAGAAGCAUUAGGAUCUACAAUUGAAACAAAACUGCAAGUCAUUGAACUAUCUUUAUUGCCUCCUAAUUCUAAGGGAAUCAUGCCUGCUGGUGUUCAGCGAUUUCCUUUUGAGUUUCCUAUACCUGCAUCAUUGCCAGCCACUAUAUUUAUACGAAAUCGAAUGGAAAUAUUCUAUCAGCUUAGUGCCGCAAUUCGUCGUUCUUCUUCUAUUGAUCAACAAUCUAACUCUUCACAAGAUGCCCUGAAUCCUAUUCAAUGGAUCGAAUGGGCUCGUCGUACCAGUUUCAAAAAGAAAUACAUUGCUUCAACCACUGUUCGAAUUGUACACGCUAUAGAAUCUUACAACUUGCCAAAUCUAAACGAUAUUGAACAACCUUCCACCGUUGAUUCCGCUUCAAUUACUGAUUCUGCUUCGACCACUGAUUCUAACGGUACCUCACAAACCAUUCAAGUUCCCUGGAAUCGUCGUAGUUUAGAUUGUUAUCAGUGUACCUUUGAUGAACAAUAUGACCAAUUGGCAUCUUCAUUUACUGGAAAAACCUCAGGCAAUUUAGAUCAGCCAUUAGAUGCAUUAAACGACGUUCAGGGUGUUCGAUACAAAAUGAGUGUUGAUCGUACUGCUGUUGCUAUCGGAACAAGUGUUGGCAUUGAACUCAUGAUUGAACCCACCUUGGCUGAUGCUGUUGUCAAGUCUGUCUGCCUUAGGAUCACAGAAAGCCGAAAAUUUGCUAUGAAAGUUCCUGCUGGUCACUCUUGGUCAAUAGAUGUGCCCAAAACGAAAAGAAUUACAGAAGACUCCAAAAUGAUUUUAAAAUGGGCCUAUGGCUAUCCUCUACUUGAACAGAAAGUUUCCAUGUUAUGCAACAACAAGAAGGGCGCAACCUGCAGCAAGAAAAAGGGUGAAAAAUAUGUAUACUAUUGUACUGAAGAUGACUCUGGUCGAUACUAUUUCGAAUCACCACAACCCAAUUGCAGCAAAAAGUUCUUGAAGAGAGCAAGUCUGUGCACAUUAGACAGCGAUCAAAGAAAGAAUGUUUGCGAAAAUGAAGUAGGCGGUUCUUUUACUGCUUCACCAAAAAACGAAAUGAUCAAUCUCAAGGAACUCAAUCAGCCGGUUCGAUUGGGUGAAUACUUUGGUGGCCGUUUCGUUAUGCCUGUUCCUGAUUGUUCUAAUAUUCUGAACCCAAGUAUCAAUCAUGAAUCCCUAAAAAUUCUUCACUGGAUGGAGCUGGUGGUGACUAUUGAAUGUAAUGGUAAACUGUUUGAAUUGACGAUGAACGCUUCUUCCCGUAUGCUUGACUGUCGCUUAGUAGCCGUAGACGAUGAAUGCCAAACUAUUCUGCCUCCUCCUCCCACAUAUGAGCCUGGUGAUGAUAAUUUCUACAACAGUUCUUAUUCCCCUAAAAGCACUUUUUGGGAACAACGUGAACCCAUUACUUUAGCAACAGGUUGGGGAUCUUGUAUGCCUUGUCCUUGCGAACACAAAAAGAUGAAAGAUAAGAUCAAGUUAUACAAAAGCCUUUUCAACAAAAACAACAAUAGCAACAGCAAGUGCAAUAGUGCAAGUAGUAGCAGUAGUAGCAGUGCUAGCAUCACAGAAAACUCAUUAAUGCUCUUGCCAGAAUGGGGACCACCUCCAAGCUACUCAGAAAACUAAUUUAUCUAUUUAUUUAU